GGUUUACAACAGAGCGCGUCCGUGCGCGUGGUGGGAACGGCAGCAAGAUGGCGGCGCUGAAGGAGCAGCGGAGCUACGGGCUGUCCUGUGGACGAGUGAGCAACGGCAGCAACGUCUCCGUCUUCCACGUCAAACUCACUGACAGCGCGCUGAAGGCCUUCGAGGGCUACCAGAGCGGCAAGGUGCUGUCAUCACGACCAUUGAUCAGAUUUAAUGGAAAUCAAGGGAAAAUAUCAAUACCCCGGUCAGAAAAUACCAGUGAACUGCAUACGUUUACCUUCUACCUGUCGAAUGUGGGCAGAGAUAACCCCCAGGGAAGCUUUGACUGCAUCCAGCAGUACAUCACCAGUGAAGGGAGCAUUCAGCUGGAUUGUUUGGGAUGCAUCCAGGACAAGAUAACCGUAUGUGCCACAGACGACUCCUACCAGAAGGCCAGGGAGAACAUGGCUCAGAUUGAGGAGGAGACUCGCAGUAAGAGUGCCAUCGUCAUCAAGCCUGGGGGGCGAUACGUAGGCAAAAAGGUUCAGAUACGGAAACCGGCACCUGGCCUCUCAGACGUUGCCCCAUCGCGGAGAACAUCUCGGCCCGUCAUCAUCUCCAGCAGUGCUCUGAAGAAAGGGGCAAUUCAGAACCGGCCACUCCGAGAGCGUCUCAUACACCUGCUGGGCCUCAAGCCUUACAAGAAGCCUGAGCUGAUCCUGAGGUUGCAGAAAGAUGGCCUCUCACUUAUGGACAAGGACUCCCUAGACAGCUUCCUGCAACAGGUGGCAAACCUGAAUGGGAAAGACAGCACCUUCACAUUGAAGGACUUUUUGUUUAAGGAGAUUCAGAAGGACUGGGCGGGCUACACGGAAGGAGAUCAGCAGAUACUCAAGAGAAUCUUGUUUAGGAAACAGAACAGCUCUGCCCCUCCACCAGAGAGCCCGCCUAAAGAGCCGGCCGGCAGCUCGCCCUCCCAGAAACGGCCCGCUGCUGACUUCACCGACCCUCUGGCCAACAAAAAGCCCAGGAUAUCCCACCUCGCUAGCAAAGCUACGACAGCCCCUGUUAAUGGCAAGAUCAGCUCCUCCAAUGGGAGAGGAGAGGCUGCAGGAGCGCAGGCUGAGGUGGUUUCCACGGCAGAAGGCGGCGUGACAUCCAGCUCCCAGCAGCUCCCUGUGCUGGACAUCCCUCGUCCCUUCGAAGCGCUGUCGGACGUCAGCAAUGACUCCAGCCACAAUGGGAGAGAAUGUGACUCUCAAGAAACCGUGGUUUCAGAAUGGCCUCCUUUGGUCGCUGCUACCAUGUCCACGGCGCUCACUGUGCCCAGCUUCAGCACAUCAUCUCCCGGACACUCAGUCAUGGACGGACUUCGGGACAAGACCCUCUCAUCUUCCAACAGCAAAUCCAAGAAGAAGUCGAAAAAGCAUAAAGAGAAGGAGAAGAGCAAAGACAGGGUGAGGGAUAAGGAGCAAGGGAAGGAGAAGGAGAGGAAGAGUCGUGAGCAGCGUGGGCCUGAGCCUAAUAGAGCCUGUGAGAUGAGCCCAGGAAACCUCAAAAGCAACAGUAUUCCACAGAAAAGCACAGGUCUGAACGGGAUGUGCAACAGUACCAGUAUUCCUUCAUCAGCACCUGAGGUGGCAGACUACUUAUUAAAGUACACGGUAAUUGGCUCUCCGGAGCAGCGUCAGAGGUAUAAAAAUGAUUUCAACAUCGAGUACAGUGAGUACCGGGGCCUGCAUGCUCGGAUAGAGGGCAUCACCCGGCAGUUCACGGUGCUCGACAAUGAGCUCAAGCAACUGCAGCAAGGCACAGACAAGUACAAGACAAUCCACAAUCAGAUACUUCAAGAAUAUCAUAAAAUAAAAAAGACUAAUCCAAACUAUAGCCAAGACAAGAACCGCUGUGAAUAUCUACACAACAAACUGGCACAUAUAAAGAGACAUAUUGCAGAGUACGAUCAACAGCAACUUUAAAAGUAGUUAUUAGACACUGUUUCCCUGUUAUCUCUGGAAACCAAGCAGAUACAGGAAAACUUUGGAUUCCGCUUGUGCAAAAAAAAAUGUAUUAUGAAAGAUGCCAUGAAGGGAGAAUUUCCCUCAUCGGGGCCAAAGGCUCUAGAGAGGACUUAGCAGGACAUGUGAUCUCUUUUUCCCUCUUUCCUUUCAUUUGUUUUUUCCCCCUCCUUUUUGAAAACGGGGCUGCGUCUGGUGUGGCCGGGUCCAUCUGUGUAGUUACAAUGAGUUCAGAAAGAAUGCCAAGUUGUGUGGCUGAGUUUGCUCUCAACAGCCGAGCCUGCUUACUGUGCACAGAGGUCUGAACGAGUCAAAAACAUGGACAGUUUCUUGGGGGAGAUAUUUGUUCCUUCUUUGGAAACUGGAGGGAAGGGAAGGGCGACACUGAGAUGAAUACUGCUGAUUGUACGCCAAAAGCAACUAAUUUUCGUUUUCGUGUAAAGAAAGAUUUAAGUUAAUGAUGCUUCAGUUUACCCCUUAUUCUGAAACAAAUGUUGUGAUGUUCCCUUUAUUUUUCUGUCUUCCUUUGUAUUUAUUUAGGACACUUAACUGCUGGGGAAUGAAUCUGUUCUACACUCCUCAAUACCAGUACUUACUUAAAAUCCCUCUUUUCUUUCUUUUUUUUUGUCCUCACAUCUUGAAUGAAUUUUUUUUUUUUCUUUUUUAUUCAGAAGCUGCCUUGCCCACCUUAUUGUCAACCUGUUGGCGUUCAUCAUUCUUUCCUCUUUUAAAGAGACGCAGAUAUUACUUCUUGAUUAAAUCAAAACGAUGCCUCCAAAUG